AUGAAUACCAGUGCUAUAGAAAUGAGUGCCCGCUUUCCCGAUGACCACCCCUUCAGGCAAGACUUCACUCGCCUAACCGUUCAAUUGACUUUCGGCGCAAACGUUGAAAAACGCCAUUUGAUUGGCAACAUUCUCAAACAUCUGAACCCAUUGAAUCAGCAUGGUCAAACACAAACCAGUUGUACUAGUGCCGCACCGACAGCCAUGAAAACAAACCUUGAUAAAUUAUUACAGUCUGACUGCAAACACCCGCUAUCAGCCAAUUAUAAGCAAACGUUGCGUCGAUUGGACGUAGAUUUAAAAGAGUUCGGACCAUCGGAUCCUACAAAACCCAAUCACUUGGAAUAUCUGCUUGCGUUCACUCCGUUUGUCAACACAACUGUAAGCGUAUCUAAAAGUGUGAAAUGUGUGUCCAAUGGUGUGAACCAAUUGACUGGUAUAGCACUGAACGCUGUCUCCCAUCCCAUGGAGUUGUCGUGCAGUGGCUUUCACUUCAGACAAAUCCCGUAUACAUUUGCCGCUAACUUCAAUGGGCAACAGGAGGAUUUGACUGUAGAAAAUUGCAACCAGGUGGUUUCAUCAGUCAAUGGCAAUAUGUUUGAGUUGAAUUUGGGUCCCAUAACCUCUGGCCGAUGCAAAGGGGACUUACUAUACGUGCAGACCGUCUACACAUCGGACAACCCGUUAGCCUGUGCUGAACAGACCCUCAAUACUCUGCGUAUAACCCAUAUGAGUGCCGGAAUCUAUGGCGACAAUUGUCCGACCGAGUGCUCAGACUAUACCGCAACUCCCGUUACUAUUAGUCCCGCUUUAAACAACCAUGGUCAAGCUUAAAUACAUAUCAAUUGUUUAAAUAUAUUUGACAAAAAUAUAUUAUGUUUG